CAGCUGUGCAAAAGAAAAAAGGAAAACGACAUCAAGUCGACUACCAUCAGCGAACGAUCCAUCACUUUUUCCCAUCGCAGUCCAUCAUGGCGGCUUUCGUAGGAAGAAUUUGUGGGUCCGGCUUGUUGUGCACGAAAAAUGGAAUUACCUUGCAGAAGGUUCAACAAUUCUCAACUAGCCGCGCUUGGACCAAAAAUCAGAAGCUAGCAACCGCUGCCGGGAUCGUUGUCGGUGGUGCCGGCGCAUUACUGUAUGCUCUAGAGCAAUCGGUAGCCGCUUCGGGAACCGAAGUUCACCCGCCAGCACAGCCAUGGGAUCAUAAAGGAUUGUUUAACUCGCUAGACUAUGCUUCGGUAAGACGUGGCUACGAAGUGUACAAGCAGGUGUGUGCUGCAUGUCACUCGAUGAAAUAUAUCGCCUAUCGUAAUUUAGUUGGUGUAUCCCAUACCGAAGCGGAGGCUAAAGCUGAAGCUGCUGAGAUUCAGGUUCGAGACGGUCCUGAUGAGGCCGGCAAUUACUUCAUGCGGCCUGGUAAAUUAUCUGAUUAUUUCCCAAGCCCGUAUCCCAACGAAGAAGCUGCUCGUGCUGCUAACAAUGGAGCUUAUCCACCGGAUCUAAGUUAUAUCGCCUUGGCUCGUCACGGUGGAGAAGACUACCUGUUUGCUCUCCUGACGGGAUACGUUGAUGCCCCAGCCGGUGUCGUACUACGUGAAGGACAAUAUUACAAUCCUUAUUUCCCAGGAGGUGCCAUUUCGAUGGCCCAAGCUUUGUAUAGCGAGGCUGCAGAAUACGGCGACGGAACGCCAGCUUCAGCUAGCCAGCUUGCCAAGGAUGUGUCCGUAUUUUUGGUAUGGGCUUCCGAUCCUUUCCACGACGAUCGCAAGCGUAUGGGUAUCAAAUCACUCGGCGUUAUGUUAGUCUUAGGUACACUCGCAUACUACAUCAAGCGACACAAGUGGGCCGCCAUCAAGAGCAGAAAGAUUUCUUUCUAUCCAAAGCAUAAAUAAAUGAAGUAACGGAAUACAAUGGUGAAAGACCUAUCGCCAUUAGAGGUGCUUUUCGACCGUAGUCAGAUGAAAUGAGGAAGGAAUGCAUUCGUGUUAACUACAAUUAAUAAACUACCGCAAAACAUCAAAUUUUAGAUCUUUCAGUAACAUUUACCAUCAAAGAACAAACACUGCUGCUAAUUUGAUAAUUGUCAAUAAAUGACGGGACAGAAUAAAGCAUUACCAAUACCAAUGCUGCUGUAAAUCUAUGUUAGAAGGUAAAAAUUGUGAAAGGUGUCGAUCAGCCUUGUGUUAUUACGAAUAGUUGGGAGAAACUAAAAUAAAGCAAAAUGUUAAUACGAAUUUA